AAACAUACUAGUAAAUUCCAUAAUCAAUGAUCAAAAUUUAAUGCGACUGAAAAGAAAGCUAAAUUUAGUCUAUUUUUAUUUACGAUUAUUGGAAGUAUAUAAUACGCUGGUUUGUAAAUAAAUAAACAUUCUGGAAGGUUUUGCUAACAAAUGUUUAAAAAUCCCAUACUACGGUUUAUUUACUAAUCGCAUAAUAUCGAAGCGUUAAAAGGAUAAAGCUGAGAAGUUUGAAUUGCGCAGGUGUGUGAGUGUGAAGUUACGAAGUACACGAAUUCUUUCUUUCCAGUCCUUUCAUGCCGUAGUAGGUGGUCAUAAAACUUUUCUCGUUCACUGCAGCAGGUGGCCUUUUAAUUCACUCAGUGGUAGCCAUGUAUAAUGGGUUUUUCAAGAUGCUAUAUCUCUCACUUUCUUCAUUAAUAAAAAUUAGGCGAUAUAAAAUAAUUUUUAUUUUCUAUGUAAUUGUUUUGUUUGUAAGCAAGGACUUUCUACUUGAAGUUUUACGCAUUCGACAUGUAAAUCUACUAGAAAAUCUUCCACAGAUUACACCAUUACCGCAAAGGGAAUUGCUGCAGUUACAUGUGAUAUUCAAGCAUGGACACAGAGCUCCUUUUAGAAUUUACCCAAACGAUCCGAAUCCUCCCGAACUAUGGCCAGAUAGACUGGGAAUGUUAACAAAGCUUGGCAGACUGCAGAUAUAUGCAAUAGGUGACCAUUUGAGAAGAAGGUAUACAGAGUUUAUUUCAAGUAAUCCGAAUGAGAUCGAAGCUAUGAGUUCUGAUGCCGACCGCAGCCUGUAUAGCGCAUACUGUUUAUUGGCUGGAAUGUACCCACCGGAUGAAGAGUGGAGCAUUGGUGAGAAUAUCCCGUGGCAACCCAUCCAAGUCUCGUAUGUUCCAGAACCAGAAGACAUGUAUCUCCAGUCUAACCCGAAUUGUCCUUUGUACGAGACGUCAAAACAUGAACUCAUCCUUGAAUAUGAAAAACAUGAAGACCCUGGAAACAAGUUUUACUACGAGUUUUGGGCUGAUCACAGUGGAAGAAAAGUCAAAAGUUUUGAAAACGCAGGUGAUUUGUACAAAACGUUGUCUGUAGAGAAGGAUUAUAAUUAUACAAUUCCUGAGUGGGCAUUGUUAUAUUGGGAUAAAUUCAUUGAACUUACUGACAUGGCUUACUUCCUGCAUUUUCAAUCUAGACUACAACAAAGACUGAGAGCAGGCCCAAUUUUAAAUUUACUUCUAAAGCGCAUGAAGGAGAAAAUGGAAGGAAGAGACAGUUCCAAAAAGGUGUAUGUAUAUUCAGGACAUGGAAGUAAUAUAGCUGCUAUUCAGUGUGCUCUACAGAUGUAUGAUAUGAAACACGCGCCUCAUGCAGCGACCAUAGUAGCUGAACUGUAUAGAGAAAGGAGUGGAGAUGGUUCCAUUCGAUUUCUUUUCUUCAAUUCCUCUCAUCCCGAAACUGUUAUCGAAAAUCCAUAUAUAUUCCUGCUGCAAGGUUGUAGCGAAUUCUGUCCUCUGUGGUUCUAUGAAGAUUUCAUCCAAGAUCUGGUUCCUAAAGAUUGGAAAAAUGAAUGUGUGAACGAGUGGCAAGGGAUUUCAAAAGAAACCAUACCACCUCAGUUCGGUAAAUUCAUGUUUCAAGAAAAAUUAUCAUCAUCCGGAAGCAUAUCUGAGAGGUUGAGUCCAUAUUCUUUAGUCUUUAUUAUAUGUAUUAUUUAUGUAUUUUUAAUAUAAUUUUAAUAAUAUUUUUUCUGUACUUUAAUAUUGUAUAAUAAAAUGUAAAUAAUUUUUAAUUUUAA